AUGUCGUCUGAUUCUGUUACUGAAUCGUUGCCUCAUAAUAUAUCUGUGGAAUCAAGGAAUGCUUCACCUGAACAGUCGCUUAUGAGGGCUCAAGAAAUAACAGUGCCAGAACUUUUUCUUUUUAAAAUUGUCUCGGGACAUGAUCAAGAAAGUUGUGGCACUAACCUGGAAGGACCUCCACUUCAGAUUCUAUUUCGUGACGUAGAAUUUGAGAUGGUUUCACAACAAAAGCCAGAAAAUCAGCUGGUGAAAACCGAGAAAUGUAUUGCUUAUAAUGAAAACCUAGAGUCAUUCAAAAAUUCUGCUGUGAAAUACGGAAAUAGUUCGGAAUCAGAAACACACUCGGAUAUCAAGAAAAGUCACUUCGUUUCAUUUGUACCUGCUACAAAACUUAGCCGGAUUAUUUCUCAGAAGUCUGAUUCAUUAACAAAUGGCAAUGGUAGCGAAAAGUUUGCUGCAGCUGAGUUUGAGAAGUUUGGCUCAAUCGUCUCUACGAAAUCAAUCCCUUUCACGCGCGAAAAUUCUACUGUAUUGAAGAAACGGGAACACUCUCGUGAAAUUGACAGGACAUCAUCCAUUAAAGAAUUGCAAACUACGAAAUCAUCAAAUGAAAAAUUCGAAAAACCGGCAGUGCCACUUGCUCCACGGCGUACCAGAGAUGAUAAGCCAGUUCCAUUCGAUAAACUUAUUGAAAAGUUCACAAAAGCCGAUAAUGGUGCAGUUCCAACACCGAAAACAUUUCAAGGCAUCGUAGGUGUUAUUGAUCCGAGGAAGUCUACUGCGAUCAGAAGCAGUAGUAGUGGUGCUCCGAAAGGGACAACACUGAAUCUACAGAUCUCAAAGAAAAUUCCGUAUCGUGGCAGUAGAGUGAUGAGCGACAAAUUUACUGGAAGGAAUGCGACCUAUGCUGGAACUUCCAGAAAUAGAUUUUCAACUACUGAGAACGCAACUGUUUCGCGAGCCGAAAAUUUGUUUACAAAAGUGAGAGCAUCCUUUGAAAAGAAUGCAGAAUCUUUUCCAAUGAUCUUGGCAUCUCAUACUGAUGGUGAAAAGAAAUUUGUCUCUAUUGUCGAAGAAAAUAUCAAAACAGGAAAAUCCUUGAAUAUUAUCCGACAAUCUGAAAAAGUUGAGAAAAAGUCCUCGAUUAUAACGGAACGGAAAGAGUCCCCAGAAAUGUACACAUCCGUGAUGGAACAAAAGCCGAAUGCAAAAAUGUAUUCUUGUCUAUCAGAAAUGGAAUCUUCUUUCGAAAUUAUGAAAGGACUUACUUUGUCAUGUUUCGAUAAUGUGGCAGAUGAUGACAUAGUUGGAAGGUCACUUAAAGUAGAUAAAGCUGAACAAUCAGCAUUUCAAGCAAUGGAGGAGGUAACAUCAUGCAGUGGAUUGCAUAAGCAAGGAAAGCCAUCUGAAGCGGAGUUAAUGGAAUGCAAAAGUUUGUUGGAUGAAAAAUUUGCUAAUUAUGAUAUUUUCAAAGUAACACUGAAAAGAUCGGCAAAUAAUCCGGAAGGUUCAAUUGGUGUAAUUCUGAGUUCAGCAGCUUCCGGUGACCAAUAUAUCAGCGUGCAAAGAGUGAUAUCGGGUAGCAUUGCGGAUCGAAGCGAUCUCAUCGAAAAAGGUGAUCGUGUUUUUUUCGUGCAGGGUCACUCUACAAAACAGAUGUCAGCCACAGAGGCACGAACCUUAAUCAAACAACGGACUGAACAUGUUGUUUUUAUACUCGGACGACUGAAAACAAAAUCAAAUGACAUGCCAGCUGAACCUACUAAAUUUGUUUCCACUGCUACUACUGAUCCUGAUCUAUUCAAUUAUUCAACGUAUUCCGAAGAAGUGAUACUCACAAAAGGUAAUCUCGGUGUCGGUUUGGCACUUGAUGGUGGUCGUGGAUCAGUGUUCGGCGACCGCCCAAUCGUUAUCAAAAGGAUUUUUGAAGGCGGUUCUGCGGCACGUAGCGGUCGUAUAAAAAUUGGUGACCAAGUGAUCACAAUUGAUGGUAUAGAUAUAAGAGGUAUGAGUUAUUUAGAAGCAACGAAGACGCUUCGAUCACGUCCGGAAGGACCAUUAAAGCUGGUUAUACUUCGCCGUUUAUAA